AUGGCUGUCGGGUCGCUCCUGAUCCGUCCAAAGGCGGUCUCGCCCGCGACAAUGCAGCUGGCGACCUUGUCGCGCAGGUCGCUGUCCUACUCCUCGCGCUUUGGCAACGGUCUCCGGGCCGCUUCCUCGCCAUUGACCGUCAAUUCGCGGAGACAGCCUGUGCAGCGCUCUUUCCGACGAUCAUACACGGAUUCCGCACCCGAACCGGAACCCAAGAAGAGAUUCCGAUUCUUGCGAUGGGCCUAUCGCCUGACUUUGCUCGCCGGUCUGGGAAUGACUGGAUGGACGGCAUACAGCAUCUAUGUCCUGAACAAUCCAGAGGAGCAGUUUCAACCUGACCCGGACAAGAAGACCCUGGUGAUCCUAGGCUCUGGAUGGGGUGCCGUCUCCCUGCUCAAGAAGCUCGACACGGAAAACUACAAUGUCAUCGUCAUCUCCCCCCGUAACUUCUUCCUUUUCACCCCCCUGCUUCCUUCCUGCACGACCGGUCUGAUCGAGCAUCGCUCCAUCAUGGAACCUAUCCGGAACAUUCUGCGUCACAAGAAGGGCACCGUCAAGUAUUACGAAGCAGAGGCUACCAAGAUCGAUUACGAGAAGCGCGUUGUCCACAUUAGCGACGGCUCCGAGAUCACGGGCGAUGUUUCCCGCACGGAGGUUCCUUUUGACAUGCUCGUGGUUGCUGUCGGUGCUGAAAACGCCACUUUUGGAACGUCGGUUUGCUCAUGCUCUAUUCCAGGUAUUCCCGGAGUCAAGGAGCACUCUUGCUUCCUGAAGGAAGUCGGCGAUGCGCAGAAGAUCCGCAAGCGAAUCAUGGACUGCGUCGAAACGGCCAUGUUCAAGGACCAGACCGAGGACGAGGUGAAACGACUCCUGCACAUGGUCGUUGUCGGCGGUGGUCCCACUGGUGUCGAGUUUGCUGGUGAGCUCCAGGACUUCUUUGAGGAGGACCUGAAGAAAUGGAUCCCUGAAAUCCAGGACAACUUCCAUGUGACUCUGGUCGAAGCGCUGCCGAACGUUCUUCCCAUGUUCUCCAAGCAGCUGAUCGACUACACUGAGUCGACAUUGAAGGAGGAAAAGAUCACUCUCCGCACCAAGACCAUGGUCAAGAACGUCACCGACAAGUACAUCGAGGCCGAGGUGACCAAACCAGAUGGCAGCAAGGAGAUUGAGAAGAUUCCGUAUGGUCUGCUCGUCUGGGCUACCGGUAACGCCGUUCGCCCUGUCGUCCGAGACCUGAUGAACCAGAUCCCGGCGCAGAAGAACUCCCGUCGCGGUCUCGCUGUGAACGAGUAUCUGGUCGUCAACGGAACGGAGAAUAUCUGGGCCCUCGGUGACUGCUCCGUGACGAACUACGCUCCGACCGCCCAAGUGGCCAGCCAGGAGGGUGCCUUCCUCGCUCGUCUUUUCAACACCAUGGCCAAGACGGAAGAGAUUGAGAAGGAGUUGAGCAGGCUGUCUGCUGCCCAGCAGGCGGCUAAGAACGAGGAUGAGCGCAACAAGAUCCUGGAGGAGAUCAAGGAGCGUCAGAAGCAGUUGCGGAGGACCAAGCAGAUUGGACCGUUCCAGUACUCUCACCAGGGUAGCCUGGCAUACAUUGGAAAGGAGCGUGCGGUUGCAGACAUCAGCUGGCUGAGCGGCAACAUUGCAAGCGGUGGAACGAUGACCUAUCUCUUCUGGCGCAGUGCUUACUUGAGCAUGUGCUUCAGCGUUCGCAACCGUGUUCUUGUGGCGACCGACUGGAUCAAGGCCAAGAUCUUUGGUCGUGACGUCUCUCGGGAGUAA